AUGUUCAUAUGUGGGAGUGGAAGCUUCAACCACCACGACGAGUACGAACACGAGGCGUACGGCAGCCCGUGCUCCACCCCCAACAAGCGAUCCAAGAAGAGCUCGAGCUUCUGCAAGAUCAUCGGCAAAGACAACAACAAUAACAAGAACCGGUUUGCCGAUAGAGGCCUCGACAAAUUCUACGCGCUCCUAGCCGAGCUCGACACCAAGAAGCAAAAGAUCUACACGCAAGCUGGCGCGGAGGACAUAUCCUUUGUCCGAUUCGUCUACACCAACGACUCCGACCAAGUCAAGCCAAUCGUCGUCAAGGUCAACAAGGAGAAGAAAAAAAGGCCCGACCAUCGGGCCUCGACCGGUAAGCCCAUCAAGAAAAGCACGUCGGAUAUUAGCCACGCGGGCCCCGAGCCAAAGAAUGUGGCUUUAGAGAUUGUUCCGAAUGAGAAGAAGCUGCAGCCGAGGAAAAAGAAGAGGUUCUUGAGAUGCAAAGGGAGUUUCAAGAUUGAUAGAUUGAGGGAGCCUUAUCUGUACUUGCUUGUGAUUAUAAUGAUGGUUUUGCUGUUUUUGGCGAUUUAUGGACGCUCGUUUGCGAUUUUGUGCACGUCCAUCGGGUGGUACUUGGUGCCGAGUGUCGUGGGAGGGAGCUCGUCGUCCGAUUUAUCGAGCGAGAGGAAACCGAAGAGGAAGAAGGAGUAUGUGAGGAGGCAGAGUGAGAAGAAGUUUGAUGUACAGAGUGAAGGGCCAUCUUCUCCUAAAAGUGUCAUAAAUGGGCUAAUGUAA